AUUUUCAUGUUUUCAUAAGUAGAAAAAAAAUUCCGAAAUACAAAAUACAAAAAUAAAAGUAACAACAAAACGUUAAGCAUUAAACGCAUGCCAAACGAUCGAGUGUAAUUUUCGCUGCAAAACUUUCCUAGUUAAAACGCGAGCCUGCAUUGCGAGUGAAUCGAACAUUAUGCGCGUUGGUUAAUUGCAGUGAAUAUAGGAAAGCAUAAAAAAAUAAAAAUAAAAUAAAUAAAUAAAAACAACAAAAUAAAUAUAUAAAAACAACAACAACAAAGAAUUUCGAAAAGUAAAAUUAAGUAAAAACCGACGAGCCCAAUUAAUUGCCGUACUUGCUUGUUAUUGUUUCGAUUUUUGUUGUUGUACAACAACAUAUAGUGUUUGUUGUUGUUGGCUAACCGUGUGCAUUGCAGAAUUGCGUGCGACACACAAAGCAAAAACCGUUCGUUGCACAAAAGAUUGCAGCGAAAAUAUUUCAAAAAUCACAGAAAAUAAAAAAACUCAAUUUGCACAAACCACAACAAUAACAAUAAAAAAAAUAAAACAACAAAAACAAAUUAAGUAGCAGUAGUAUAUAUAGAAAUCAUGCCGUCCGAAAACGAUAAAGAUAUUGAAAUCGGCAACAAAGUGGAAAAUGUUGUUGCUGUUGCCAGCGAUAAUGUGGACAGCGCCACCCCCGUCGCCGUUGCGCCCACCGCCGUUGUCGUAGUGGCCGUCAAGCCAGUGGCGGAGCAAUCGGUUGAAGCCACAACGAAUGGUAAUACUGUAACAGCGCCGACUGCAACGGUAAAUAAGGAGCAAGAGCAAGAGCAGCAGCAGCAGCAGCCGAAACAAGAAACCGGUGGCUUGCAGGCCAACAUAGAGCCGAUGCAACAAUCUAAUGCAGGCAAAAUGGAUGAGGACGCCACACUGACGAACUUCAAAGUGUUGUAUGUGGUAACACAAUUGUGCGGCUUGACGAUGAUCAUUUUGGUUGGCUGUUGGGUUGGCAUACAUUUUGGCGGUGUUGGCGGCACCGACAAUCCCAAACUCGAAUUCAAUUGGCAUCCGUUAUUUAUGACAAUCGGCCUAUUAUUCUUAUACGGCAAUUCCAUACUCGUUUACCGCGGCUUCCGUAAUGUGCGCAAGAAGACGCUGAAAUUAGCACAUGCCGGCAUACAUUUGACAGCCUUCGUAUUGACCGUUAUUGCACUGAUCACCGUCUUCGAUUCGCACAAUCUGGCCAAUCCACCAAUACCGAAUAUGUACUCGUUGCACUCGUGGAUGGGCAUGGGCGCUGUCAUUGUCUUCGGCUUGCAGUAUGUCGCUGGAUUUACAGCUUAUCUCGCACCCGGCUGGCGGGAGGCACUCAAGGUCGCCUACAUGCCAUUGCACAUCUAUUUCGGACUCUUCGGCUUCGUCUUGGCCAUAGCUAGUGCGCUAAUGGGCAUCACUGAGAAGGCUAUAUUUGCUAUACCCGAUUAUUCCUCGUUUUCGAGUGCUGGCGUUAUGGCUAACACUAUCGGCUGUUUUUAUGUGAUUUUCGGCGCUUUGGUGGUGUAUCUGGUAACCGAGGGUUCUUACAAGCGUAAACCCAUACCAGAGGAUACGGUGCUCUUAACUGGUGUUAAUGAAUAAAUCUGUUUUCUUUUUGGACAAGCAGCUGAUUUGUUUGGGAUGUGUACAGCUGUGCGGUUAAAUAGUCGAAAAGUUGAAUGAAACUCAAUGUUCUUACUUUCCAUUUAUGUUUCUAUCUUUUAAUGUGCUAUGUAUGUAACUAUGUUAUUUGCUAAGACAACGAUACAAAUCACGAAUUUGCAAAGAGAUAGAGGGGGGUUUCAAAAUGCGUACAUACAUACAAAUACUGUUAUAAUAUUUUAUAUGUAGGUUUGUAAUGUAACGGGUGCUUAUUUUAAUGUGUGUACUAUUUUGGUGCUUAAUUUAAGUAAUUUUUGUUUUCUGAAAAGUUUUUCUGUUUUACAUAAAUAUUUAUAAAUAUUUUUAUAUACACAUUUACAUACCAUAGUUACUUACUAA